ACAAAUCCUGCUUCAACACGUUCUUCAACUUCGAGGAUAUGCAGGAGAUCACCCAGCACUUUGCUGUCUGUCACGUGGAUGCCCCAGGCCAACAGGAAGGGGCACCCUCCUUCCCAACAGGGUAUCAGUACCCCACCAUGGAUGAGCUAGCCAAAAUGCUGCUUUGUAUUCUUACACACCUAAGUGUGAAGAGCAUCAUUGGUGUUGGAGUCGGAGCAGGAGCCUACAUCCUCAGCCGAUUUGCACUCAAUCAUCCAGAGAUGGUAGAAGGUCUUGUGCUCAUUAAUAUCAACCCAUGUGCUAAAGGCUGGAUUGACUGGGCAGCAUCAAAACUCUCAGGCUUGACGACCAACAUUGUGGACAUAAUUUUGGCUCAUCACUUUGGCCAGGAAGAGUUGAGGACCAACCUGGAACUGAUUCAAAGUUACAGACUACAAAUUGCCCAAGAUAUCAACCAAGGAAACCUAGAGCUCUUCCUGCGUUCUUACGAUAGACGCAGAGACCUGAAGAUCAAAAGACCCAAACCAGGCCAAAAUGAUAACAGAUUGAAAACGUUAAAGUGCUCUACUUUACUGGUGGUGGGCGACAAUUCACCUGCUGUGGAGGCUGUGGUUGAAUGUAAUUCUCGCCUCAACCCUGUAAAUACAACUUUACUGAAGAUGGCAGACUGUGGAGGACUGCCCCAAGUAGUUCAGCCCGCGAAGCUCACUGAGGCCUUCAAGUACUUUUUACAGGGAAUGGGCUACAUACCGUCUGCCAGCAUGACCCGCCUCGCCCGGUCACGAACCCACUCAGCCCCCAGCCACAUCGGAAGUGAAAAAAUUUAUUUCAGCCAGCCUGUGACCAGCAGUCAGCUGGAUGGGGCUCAGGAAGGCCCCGAGGCCCCUGAUCUCCAGACUGUGGAGGUGUCCUGCUAAGCAGAUGGGCCUUCCCUGAAGUGUGCAAGCCCCUCCUUCAGAUGACCAGUCCAUAAUAGAGCAUUCAUUCCAUCAGCUGGCCUCCA